CCGAUCUCUCCUGAUCAAUCUUUUGCAGUCCAAUCUCACAACAGCGACACAACACAACACAACAACUACUACUGCUGCUGCACUCACCAAGGCUCAACCAUGGCCCCGAACGACAAUGCCUUCCCCCCGUGUGCCUGCUCGCACGGCAGAUUCGGUCUCGCCCUGCUGAUCGCGGUGUCGCAGCUCCUCCUCUUCUCCACCGCGCUGGUGGCCCCGCCGGCGCUUUCCCUCGUGGGACCCGCGGCCCGCAACCGAGCUUCCACCCCCUUGCGGAUGGGGGCGGACCCGCCGCUCUCCGACGGAAAGAGCACGGAGAUAGCCAGGCAGCUGGAACGGGCCAAGGCCGCCCUGGCCACCUCCCGCGCCAAGAUGGAAGCCCAGGAGCGGGCCGGGGAAGAAGCCGACGCGGACGACGACGGCGAAACACCCAAGGAAAGCCUGCCGUUCUUUGCUGCGGCCGCCUYAGACGGCGGCAAGAAAGACCGGGUCAUCAAGGACAAGAACGAGGACGGCCUCUUCACCACCGACGGAGACCUGAUGGCCAAGCUCUCCGAGGAGGAGCAAUGGGAGUCGCGUCCCCUGACACAGGUCUUUCARGACGAGAUCGAAAAGUCCCCGGAGGCGAUGAACAUCGACCGGGACAUCGGACAGAGCAUGUACAACCUGCGCAAAACGCUGCAGACGGAGGAUUUCACAACGAUAUUCGACAAGCGGAACCGGUUCAUCGGUGAGGCAUAGGGAGUGCGAGCAGCGCACCGCAACAGCGAUGAAGAGCGGCAUGGAUGUUGUUGGCACGGGCGGCAGCUCCAAGUCGAUGCGAAGCUUGCCCGUGGAUGGUGCCGUGUUGUUUUUUGGUGUUUGUGCAGAAGCAGGAGCGAACGUCGGUUGCCACUAGAAUCGCCGUUCGAGAAAUUUCCGGUCCGGGGAAAGACCCUCGAUCAGAACACGAAUGGCAGUCUCGAGGACUUGCCGACCCGCAGGCAACUACGAAAUAGGCCCUGCCGCAGUUUUUUUUCGAAUCUCGCGUGUUCUCUAUAACUACUACAAAGGCGAAGAACGGAUCCCUCGUUCAAUCGGGCCGCGAUCACCACCAACAUUAUCAUUCCCACGAAAUUACUCUUUUUCACACACAAAACCCCGAUUGCGUCCAGUGGGCUCCUUCAGAACUACCAAUGAAAACAAUACGCACAA